UCCCGCCAUCCUCCUGCUAUCUAGUCGGCUGCCAAAUGCGCAGGCGCAAUGAGAUGAAUGGACUCUACAUUCCUUUUCCGGCUGCACCUGCACAAUCCCCCAGGAAGUGUGGUGCGAUAAAUCCUAAAGUAUUAAUCCCUUAUACCUGGAGGAAGGAGACCGAUAUUAGUAUGCAUUUCGGAUGGAACAUACCAUUUGUGUCGCCUUUCUAAUCUACAGGUCGUUUAAAUCGGCGCUACACAAUUAAUGCAGGGUAAACAUAAUACCGUUAACUCCCUGCAAGUUUGGGUUAUUGUUUUUAUUGUGCUGUAGCGUUGAGCUAUUCGAAAAUCGAACCCUGUCCUGCAAUGGGAUGCUGCGGUAGUACAGAGAGGACAAAGAGAGAAUGGAAACCCUUGGAGGAUCGAAGUUGCACGGAUUUACCGUGGUUCCUUUUAUUUACUGUUUUCUGUGUCGGAAUGGGGAGUAUCUUUGGGUUCACCAUUGCCACAGGGGGCGCAGCCCGCCUGGUCUUCGGAUAUGACAGCUACGGGAACACCUGCGGCCAGCGCAAUGAGCAGAUUGAAGGGGUCAGACUGAGUGGACUGGAUCAGACGGACAAAAAAUACGUGUUCUUCCUGGACCCGUGUAACAUUGACAUAGUGCAGAGGAAGAUCAAGUCCAUGGCCCUGUGUGUGUCUGUGUGUCCUGAUGAAGAGCUGAAGACGUACCAGGACCUCAAGCGGUUUGCCGUGCACAACGGGUCGGAGCUGUGCUCCUACGAGCUAGCCGGCCACAAAUAUCCCAGCCUUCCAGAGAGGUUUGACAAAUGUCCCAAACUUCCAGUUCCACCAAGCAAAUCUCUCCCGGUGUUUAACCGCUGCACGCCGGUGGACAUCUCCUGCUAUGCCAAGUUUGCUGAGGCUGUGGUGACGUUUGUGAGUGACAACAGCGUGCUGCACAGGCUGAUCGCUGGUGUGAUGGCCAGCAAGGUGAUCAUCGUGGGCCUCUGCCUGCUGGCACUAGUGCUCUCCAUGAUCCUGAUGGUGAUCAUCCGCUACAUCUCUGCUGUGCUGGUCUGGAUCUUCACUGCCACGGUAGUCCUGGGCUCUCUGGCGGGCACAAGCAUCCUGUGGUGGAUGUACAUAGACUACCGGUUAACUGUCAACAAGAGCCUAUCUAAAGAGACUGAAGAUGCUAAGGAGGAAGCUGAGAUGUCCAGGGACAAUGCCCAGGUGCUGCUGGUGUAUGCCAUCGCUGCAACCGUAUUCACAGUGAUCCUUCUCCUGCUGAUGCUGUUCAUGAGGAAGCGUGUGGCGCUGACCAUCGCCCUGUUCCACGUGGCCGGCAAGGUGUUCAUCCACCUGCCGCUGCUCACCCUGCAGCCCUUCUGCACCUUCCUGGCCCUGCUCCUCUUCUGGUUCUACUGGAGUCUGGUGCUGCUCUUCCUCGGGACCACCGGGAAUCCAGUCCAGAACGAGGAGACUGGUCUGACAGAGUUCCGGCUGACUGGGCCUCUGCAGUACAUGACGUGGUACCACGCUGUGGGCCUCAUCUGGAUCAGUGAGUUCAUCCUGGCCUGCCAGCAGAUGACUGUAGCUGGGGCUGUGGUCACGUACUACUUCACAAGGGACAAGAACAAGCUACCGGUGACGCCCAUCCUGUCGUCAUCGUUGAGGCUGAUGAGGUACCACCUGGGCACUGUGGCCAAGGGCUCCUUCAUUAUCACCCUGGUCAAGAUCCCACGCCUCUUCCUCAUGUACGUCCACAACCAGCUCAAGGGCAAGGAAAAUGCAUGUGCUCGCUGUAUGUUGAAGACCUGUAUCUGCUGCCUAUGGUGUUUGGAGAAGUGCCUCAACUAUUUGAAUCAGAAUGCGUACGCGGCGACAGCCAUCAACAGUACCAGUUUCUGUACGUCGGCGCGUGACGCCUUUGUGAUCCUGGUGGAGAACGCUCUAAGGGUUGCGGCCAUCAACGCUGUUGGAGACUUUGUCCUUUUCCUUGGCAAGAUCCUGAUCGUGACGUCAACAGCGUUCGCCGGUGUACUGCUGCUUAACUACCAGCGGGACUACGCAGAGUGGGUCCUCCCCCUCAUCAUCGUCUGCCUCUUUGCCUUCCUGGUGGCCCACUGCUUCCUGUCCAUGUUCGAGAUUGUGGUGGACGUGCUCUUCCUCUGCUUCGCCAUCGACACCAAAUACAAUGACGGCACACCGGGCAGAGAGUUCUAUAUGGACAAAGCCCUGAUGGAGUUUGUGGAAAACAGCAGGAAGCUGGAGCGGGUGGCGGAGCGAGGGCGGAGCCGGCCCACUGAGGUGGUGUCGGUGGAGGGGGCGGAGAUGAAGCCCAUGGCUCCAGGAACAAGUUCAGCUUGACCAAAAUCAACUAAUGGAACUUUUUAAAAAGACAUUCCAAAAUGUUUAUUUUUACCAAUGUGUAACAUGUUUACUAUGGUUUCACUCCAGGGAAUACAAUAUUUUAAUAAGAAACUGUAAAAAAAAAAAAAAAAAAAAAAAAAAAAAAAACACUAUGUAAUGAAGCACUUUAUAUUGAAGCCCUGCAUAUUUUAAAAGGCUGAUGCAUUUUUCGUAGUGAUGUCCUUUUUUAUAAGACUAAAAAAAUGAUUGCCAUCUAGUCGAACACAGUACUAAAAUGUAUUGAAACACUUUGGGUUGGACAUUUGUCAUGCAAUGAUAUAGCACUUAGAUGUGUGUUUUUAAUCAACCACUGAAACUUAAGUACGUUAGACUCACGUUUGCAUUUGAAUUGUGCGCCAUAUAGGUUUUUAAAGUAGGUGUAUUUUUAUCAGAUUGCAGCAUACUUCUGAAAGGUCCCACCCCCCCAAGGCUGGCUGUGAUUGAUUAUUUUUCUUACAUUUUUGGGAUGUACAGAAACAGAGGAGGCGAUCAUACAUCUGUGUGUAACAGCAGGGGGAAGACUACUUCUAGUUCCCAUGGUCUGGAGGAACUCUGAGACAAAGUUACUGCCGAUUGGAAGCGUAUCCCCCUUAUACCUAGACACUUCUUCUUAGAUAUACAAGGGACCAUGAGAAGUUUCUAGGUGUUGGGACUAGGGCUGCGGCGGUCAUGAAAUUGUCAGCUGGUCUCAUGGUAAUUGACCGUUAAUUAACAUGAACAUGUUUAGCAUCUCCUGGCUUCCAUGCAUAGCCUACAAGCCACUGAUGCAGUCCUUUGGAACAUCAACAUUUAAAAAAAGUAUACAUCUAUUUAAUAUAGCCUACAGGUCUAAAUAAACAUGAUACAAAGAAAAUGUAGUCUAUUUAAGAGGAACAGAAUAGCAUACUCUGUAUUGUCUUUAUGUUUGGUCCUGAUCUGGCUAUGCUACACUUCACUAGUGUACCUACUAGGUACUAAGGGUUCAUUUCUUUGAAUUGGACAUGACAUUAACAGAACAAUCCAGAAGGCUGCAAAGUCUGUUGCUUUUCUUAGAACUCAACCAAUUGUGCCCUAGUCUAUUGAUUCACUUGGUUAAUUCAUCAAACCAGUCCGAUCGAUGGACAUUUGACCUAAUUGGAGUCCUCUUCCACUGUUGUGGGAAGUCUCAGUAGAAAGCAAACUCAGACUUUGUAGCCCUCAAGCAAUAACGCAACACCGUCAGUAUUUACCACUACAAAAAUGUCUUCCUACUUGCACUACAGUUUUUCAAGACAAACGGUCCUGGCAUAGCGAUAGCAUCUCUGAUGUUAGGUGAGGGGGACACAAACUCGCACUUUGCCUUAACCGGUUCCAUAGGCUGCGCCCACUAUGUUAUUGGUUAGUAAUAUGACUCCCAUAAGUGAAUAAUGGGGGUAGAAGUGCUGUAAGCCUUAAAGUCCCCUCUUCUUUUUGCAGUAGAUUUGUGUAUUUGAUACCCAGAGCACUGAAUCCAUCGACACGACUGAAGAACAACUGUCCCCCCCCCUUUUUUUUGAUUGAUUAAUAUAAGUCAGAAAAUGCUACCUAUUUUGUUUAUGUGAAGGGGUUCAGAAUGGUAUGAAUUGCACAUUAUGAUGUAUGCCGUUAUUUUGUAAUGGGAGUUUAAUAAUGUGUUGACAAGACUGAAUAGUAUUCUGAAAUUAAGUGAUCCUGUUGGAUAUUUUCAAUUUUGUUGAAAGGAGAGGUGGCUGUGACUGUUCACACAACCUUUCAUUUUCAGCGCCAGCCGUCCUUCACAAAAACAAUGUUUCAAGAUAGGAAAACUAAAGUAUUUUGGUAAGCUUUUCUCUGGGUAUACACUAGGAUUUGCCCAGGAAAUAUUAAGAGCAUGCAUGUAAAGGUCAAACCGAAUUGUCAUUGCCACAGAAAUCUAAUGCGCAAAGCAUGUUAAGAAUUGAAUACCACUAAGGUGGUAUUCAUUUCAACACAGAUCAAUUUAAGAUAUCUGUUAAAAUAGUUAAAUGUUAAAUGUCAGUACAAUUUAGAGCUUUUUCAGGGGACAGAACUUUCCCAAGUGAGCAAACUUUCCCUAAAAGACGCCUAGUGCAAUCAAUGAAUCCACUUAUGACACAGGGCAUACUACUGAUAACUCUGCAAUUAUCUGGGUAUGUGUCCAUUAUAGAAGACAAAGCUUAUGCCCUAGGGACACAUUACAUCGGGCACUACCAGUCAUAACCCACGCUGUUCUGUUUGCCAAACUCGACCAGUCGACGCACACAAUAGGAAACUCAAACACUGACAACUUGGACAGAGACGUUGUUGUGCAAAAUGGGGGAACACUGAUGGUGUGUUCAUUUUCAGUUCUGGUUUAUUUUUCUUUCAAACAUUUGUAUUCGCCUGUAAAGCAAGCUGCUCCGCCAACAGCGGAGACGCGAUGCUUGAUUUGCCAGCUUCUAUUGCCGCGCGUAGGAAAGCCCUACUUACUUGGAAGAGCCAGUAUUGUUAAAGCCAGUAGCUACUCAAAACGAUGGACCAUAAACAUCCUGCAUGUUUUCCGUCCCGGUUUUAUUCUCGCUCCCUUUUUAGAGCGGGCCAUCAAUAUGUUGGGUGUGAAUAUUACGGCAUUAGAUCCACGUGACUUAACACUGACUUUACUGAUAGAACAAUAGCUUUACUCAGCAACAAAGCCACUGUUUUUCGAGAUGAGUCAACCUCUUCUUCGUUCUUGGAAACAAACUGCGCGUCUAUUCUUGUCACACAGGAAUGGACAAUUCCUAGAAACAGAUACUGUUAUGAAUAGGCAACACAUCAGUUUAAUUGUCUGGUAACACUAGCUUUUAGCUACUUCUCUGCGGUAAGGUUGUUUAACAUUGGACAAUGUUUGAUUUUUAUAUUUAUUAUUUAUGUAUAUUUGUUAAAGAUAAAGGUAAUAAAUUGGAAAAUGUA